AUGAGGGAACAGCUGUUGAGGGACACACUGUGCUUCCUCCACCACUGCCAAGAUGAGCUGAGGAGAAAUCGAAAGUCUAGCCUCCUACACUCCCUCUGCUGUGGUUCCUACCUCAAUGUGGAGAAAGCCUUCUGCUGGUUCCAUGUGUUUGUGAAAGUAGAGGCCGGCAUUACCAGCAGCACGAUCUGGCCAGAGAGCUGUGCUGUGGCAGAGAUGCAGUUCUUCGGGCACAUGCCCAAGUGUGCCAGGCACAACAGCUUCCACUUCAAAUAUCUACAGAGCUGCACUUACAUACUGGUGGGCAUAGACUUUCCCACCCAUGUCUUGAAGACAGCUGUGAUGCACCUCCUGAUGACCAUACCCAUAAACUGGCACAGGAAGAAUUUCCUGCUGCUGUGGGACGACAGCCAGAGGCAGCUGUGCUACUUCCUGGAGGAGAAAUGCCUUGACCAUCUCCUCUUUAGCAAGAAGAGAGUGCCCGAGGACAUGGUCUUGUCUCUGGCCCUCUGCACAGUUGGCCUGCUCAACCUCUCCCAGCACCUCACGCAGAAGCCGGCUGCCCAUGCCCAAGCAAUGAACAAGUUUGAGGAGUAG